UCUUCAGUUUGCUUUGAAGGCGGAGUUGGGUCUGAUAAAGUCCGCACUGAAACGUUGUUGAAGUCAGUUGUAGGUCUCACUUUCGCCGGAGUAAGGAGUGGGGCUUUUUUUUUUUUCCACUUUCACUGCAGACGAAGCUUCGUGUCUGCUUUGGGUCGACAGUGGAAAGUGAACAGAGAAGGUUCCAGUUUCACCUGCGGAAUAAGUCGAACUAACGUGACGUCCUGAACGGUGCUGUGUAAAUUAUAAUGAAGCACCUCUGCUUUUUUUGCCUGUAUGCACUGGUGAUCCUGCAUGGCCUUGAGUGUGUGCUGCCCCAGACUCCCUCGUACGGUGAACGGGGCUCAGAUCUUGGCAUACAGGUGUUCCAGCAACUAGUCCGCUCCAAGCCCUUGGAAAAUGUGGUGUUUUCACCCCAUGGAGUGGCUUCCAUCCUAGGCAUGCUGCUACCUGGAGCCCAUGGAGAAACCCGGAAGCAGAUCAUUAGUGGUCUCCGUUACAAAAAGAAUGGUCCUUACAAGAUGUUGAAGAAGCUGCACAAGACCUUGACAGCUAAGUCCAACCAGGACGCUGUUUUGAUUGCCAAUGCCAUAUUCAGCCAGCAGGGCUUCCCUAUGGAGGAGUCCUUUGUAAACACCAACAAGGACAACUUCCGUACUGAGACAAGGAGCUUGGACUUCAGCAAACCUCAGGUGGCAGCCAAUGAAAUCAAUGAAUGGGUCAACAAUAAAACCAAAGGUCACAUCCCCAGCUUGAUCAACCCAGAGAUGCUGGACGCGACUCUGACCCGUCUGGUCGCUGUCAACUCAAUCUACUUUAAAGGCUUAUGGAAGUCCCGCUUCCAGCCGAUGAACACCAAGAUGAGGCCCUUCACGGGGGGUGAUGGGAAUGUAUAUUCAGUCCCAAUGAUGUCCCAGCUAUCUGUCUUCAACAUAUGCAUGGCCACCACACCUCAAGGUCUGAAAUAUAAGGUCAUUGAGCUGCCCUAUCAUGGCAACACCAUCAGCAUGCUGAUUGUUCUGCCCUCUGAUGAGGACACGCCUCUUUCCCGUGUUAUCCCACACAUCAGCACAGCCACAGUGCAGAGCUGGACCAAAAUGAUGCGCCUGAGGAAAGUCCACCUGGUCAUCCCCAAGUUUACUGCUGAUGCAGAGGUAGAUUUGAAAGCCUCCCUUUCAGCACUGGGAAUAACAGACAUAUUCAGUGAGGACAAAGCUGACUUCAGACACCUCAGUGCUGAGCCUUUGCAUGUAUCCAAGGCACUGCAGAAAGCCAAAAUUGUGGUGAAUGAAGACGGAACAAAAGCAGCAGCUGCCACUACUGCCAUUUUGCUGGCUCGGUCCUCUCCACCUUGGGUUACAGUGGACAGACCUUUCCUAUUCCUCAUCAGACAUAACCCAACAGGUACCAUUCUCUUUAUGGGCCAGAUCAACCAGCCUUGAGCCCAGCCAUCACUGGCCAGCCCCUGGUAGCAUCAUAAGCCAGCACAGGAAACGCUUAUACACUGCCACGCAUGAACACACACACACACACACACACACACACACACACACACAUACAUGAAUACACACCCACAUACACAUGCACACUUUGCUGUAGACUUAUGUACAAUAUGGACAUAUGAUGUUAUUUGUUAUAAAUAUUGCUUUUUAUGUAACCCAUUUUCUGUAAUGCAUAACAUGCUUUAUAAAAUGUUUUGCAAACUAAAUUUUCCAGCUGUUUUUUAAUUUUUUUUUAUACUUUUUGGAAUUUAUUACAUUUUUAAAAUACUUUGAAUGUCAGUUGUGUAUUUUCUCAACUCUGUAAUAGGAUACUUUUAUUUUUGAUUUCAUUGUGUGACUUUCAGUUGAAAAGUUCUUCAUCUCAAGUCCUAUCACUCCAGUUUGUUCUCAGUUUCACUCUGAAGUUACGCCAAUGUGCAUCCCUCAUUGAACGCCUUGCAUUCAGCUACUUUAAAAUGAUGUCUCCCUUCCUGAGGGAGUCUUCUGUUAUCAUACUUGCUUCAUAUUUGAAAAUAAAUUCACAUAUUUAUAACUCCAA